AUGGUAAUAACGACCACCUUUUAUACUGUCAAACUGAAAGAAAAUAUAUCAGUAACUGAUAGUGAUCCGAUUGCAUUUCGAGCGCUUAGCAUUAUAUUAGCAUAUUUUAAAGAAAGUAAACAAUAUAUUAUCGUGGACACGAAAAAUCCAAAAGAUCUAAGAAGUCCUUGGCCGUCUAUACUAGUAUGUCAUGAUUCCGUUACUUAUUUCAAAAUUGGUUUAGAUUCAAAUCAUCUUAUUAGAACAGCUAAUUCAUUGGAAGCAGUAGUGAUAUGGGCAGGUCUAUUUCAUUUGUUCAAUAUUGAUUUUUAUCAAGGGACAAAAAAAACUAAUGAAUUCUUUGAUUUUCUUUUAUUCAAAAAGUUCGCGGUUAGUGGUGAAAGCGCUGUUCGAACGUUAAUUAAAAAAUUACAGUUAGCUUGA